GUGGGCGGAGCUGGUCGGAAUGAGUGGCGGAGGGACGGAGACCCCUCUGGGUUGUGAAGCCUCCCCAGGUGGCGGCGACAAGAAGAGGGACUCCUUAGGGACUGCAGGCUCGCCAGCGCACCUCAUUAUCAAGGAUCUUGGAGAAAUUCAUUCAAGGCUUUUAGAUCACAGACCAGUUAUUCAAGGUGAAACUCGUUAUUUUGUGAAAGAAUUUGAAGAAAAACGUGGUCUUCGAGAAAUGCGAGUUCUUGAAAAUUUGAAGAAUAUGAUCCAUGAAACAAAUGAACAUACACUUCCCAAAUGUAGAGAAACAAUGCAAGAAAACUUAAACCAAGUUCUCAAGAGAUUGCAAGCAGCUACUGACUCAGUCUGUAGACUCCAACAGAGGGAGCAGGAACGAAAAAAGAUUCAUAAUGACCAUUUAAUAGCUAGUGAAAAACAGCAUAUAAUCCAGUGGGAGGAUUUCAUGAAAGAACAACACAACAGACAGUCUGAAGUGGAUGAAGAGCACAGAAAAGCCAUGGAGAGGCUUAAAGAACAAUAUGCUGAGAUGGAGAAGGAACUAGCAAAAUUUUCAACCUUUUAAGAACUUGAACCCCAACAAUGACAAACUAAUCAGAAAAUAUUUACUAUCCCCCAAAAACUAUCCCCAUCAAACCAUUUAGCCUCUGCUUCAAGCUUAGCAAUAUAUUCAACGGCACUCUUAGAAGAAAGAAACUUCUACUGGAGUCUUAAUUAAAUGUUUAAUAAAAGAAGAGUGCUACAUCUUUCCAGUUUUAAGUGCCUAUAUAUGAUUCUUUGAAUGGGGAGGAGUAGGAGGGAAAAUGGGAUAAAUGUACUCCUGUGUUAAUUAGAAUUGGUCUUCUUUUCCAUUGAUUAUCUCAGAGAACUGUUAAGUAUAGACUUCUUAAAGAGAAAAAUAAUUUAAUUGAUGUUAUACAGGGUUAAUAUUAGUUUAUUAUUGUGGCUUAGAAGGCAGAUAUAAUAGCUGCCUGUAAUAGCCUCCUCAGCUAUUGGAAGAAUGUAUAAAGUGUUAUUCCAUGAGUAAUGUAGACAAAAACAACUGUCCUGGGAACAAAGAUCACGUUUAAGAGAGGGGAGAGUCAAAACCUUGUCUUUGCUAUGGCAAAGAUGGCCGUGUUGGUCGUUGAACUGUGUAUUGGGAAAGGUUACAGGUUUUGCAGUGCACCAUAAUGCCCUGUGUUUCACUGGAUGACAAGACACACUUGGUAAAUUCUGUGGCCUUCUAGCACUUAAUAUUUUCAGCUUUUAAAACAUGCUUAGAAGGAAAAGCUUACCAAAAAUAUAGUUGACUUUUAGCCUUUCCAAGAACCAUAAUCUUGCCCAUAGUAUUUACCUCAUUUUUGUGUCUGUUUUGCUGUGGGUAAGCUUUGUAAGAUAAAUAAUGUCUAUAUAUGUUUCAAGUGUUUAAUGAGUAAUCAGCAAAAUCUGCCAAGGAGUCCCUCUGGAACCAUAUAAAGAUUCUGGCUCUGAAUAAACCAGAAGUAUUUGCCCACAUGGCAAAUGAUCCAUGUUAAAUGUAAAUCCUUUUUAGUGUUUGACGUCUGUUCUCAUGAGCAGGUGUAUUAUGAUGAAACAUGUACCAAUUCUGUCAUCACUGUGAUCUUUAAAAAUCUGCGUUUAACAGUCUAAUUGAGGAACUAAGUUGAUUUUUUAUUUGCCGUAAACCAAGAAAAUUAAAUGCGAUAAUUUUAAGAGAUUUAUGGCAAUUGAAUUUGAGGUAUGGAUAAAUCUUUCAAGUAUUUUUUACUGCUCUUCAGUAAAGAAAGGCACAAGAAAGAAAAUACCCAGCUCUCUCAUGUUAUCUCAGUGUUGCCAGUGCAGAAAAGUGACAAUGCUUGCUUGUAUAAAUUUAUGGCUUACUGUCAAAGCUUCAUUCUUGGCUGCAUGUUGAAAAUGUGAUUAAAGUUAAUAGAGGAGAUGAAAUAAGUAUUUGAGAUUUCUUUCAAUAACACUGAACUUCUGCCAACUUUCUCUGUCCGCUACUGUAGGCUUGACAGGUUCAUCAAUCAUCCUCUGGUACCUGAACUAAAAAGAGCACUUGCUGACACUAAGGCAUGUUGGAAUUUUCUUAAUUCUCUUUUAGUGGAUGGAAAAAAAAACAUACUUCCAAAAAUAUCCCACACAUGAAAAGGGAGGGGAACCUUAAAUGAAAAUUCCCUUUGUACUGGAGGCAGUUUUUGGAAUGCUGUUAAUUGCCAGUGCACCAUUGAACAGAUGCUGUAACCAAGAAAUCAGGACUGUGUGUGUGAGCGGGAAUGUCUCUUAACUAUGGUUACUCAGCUUGUGCAGCAAGAUUUCUGAUCAUGUUUGUUCAUCUCAUAUGAAUAAUAAAUACUUUACCAUAUGAGCUUGUAUAUAUUGCAUAAGGAUCUAAGGGACUUCUUAAACCAAAAUGAAUUGAUGGGCUUUUUGAGCUUUAAACAUUAAGAUAAUAAAUUAUUUCUUUGUAACUUUGUUAGCUAUUCAAUAUAACUUCUAAAAGAGAUAGUUGGUUUGCCUUUUAAUAUUUUUAGUAGUGAACACUUUCAUUUAUAUUUCCCAGUUUCCAAAUCACUUUUGAUAUGUAUUUUACUUAUAUAUAAAAAUUAACUAUAGUAAUUACAUAAUUUACACCAUUUUUGCUGUUGUAUCUCUGCUGUUGAGCAGACGUAAUAUGGGUUCUUUAUAGCUCAGAGGAUUAUUUGUGAUGAAAUAAAAUAAUAUUUUGUCAUUUUAAAGUGCUGUAUAAAUAUUUGUUUUUAAGUUCUAAGUAUUUUCUAUUUUUCAUUAUGAUUUCUUUUUUGACUCACAUGUGGGGUUUUUUUCAUUUCCUACAUGUAGAUUUUUAAAUUCUUAUUGUUCUUAUUUUUGAUUUCUGCUUUAAUUGGAUUGUGGUCAGAGAAUAAGUCCAUAUAAACUGAUUUGCUGAAAUUUGUUGAGAUUUGUCUUAUGACCUAAAAUAUGGUCAGUUUUUGUAAAUGUUUCAUUAGUCUUUGAAAGUAUGCAUAAUUUUCAGUUGUUGAGUGUCCAUUAAACCAAACUUGUUAAUUAUUUUGUUCAAAUUG